CUUCGGUGGGUGGUGAAUAUCAUAUCAUGGCGACCGACUCUGACAACUCCUAGACUUUCUUACUUUCUUUUCUACCACGACACACGGACAGAACUUCUUUCAUUGUACUUGCUUGCAGCUCCACAUUCCUUCCUCUUCCAACAACACCUUCUCACCACCACCACCCCGCGCAAGAAUAAGUCAUUAUGCCUCGCGUCAACAAAGGAGUCCUCGUUGAAUGUGACCCAUCGAUCAAAGCGAUCCUCCUCAAGAUCGACACGGACGGCGGGCACGCCUACAUAAUCGAAGACCUGGACGAGUCCCACCUGGUUGUAAAAGAGGCCAAGCUCGCAGAGCUUAAGAUGCGCCUCGACGAGGUCCUCCGCAAGACCAGCAUGCAGGAGCGCGAGGAGGAGACCAGCGACGACGAGGGGGGGGAGGGGGAGGCGAUGUUGUGACGAGGGGG